AGCAUAAAGGGCAGCAUCUUAACUGACAGUUCCACGUGCCUCUUUGUGAGAAGUGAUCCAAAGAUCACUAUUCUCUCCACUGCAUUUCUGAUGUGCCUGCAAACUGCAAAGGACCUCACCUGAACAAGUGGUUAAACAUGAAGCAAGGAUCAACCUUUCUUUUUUGUUCUAUGGUGCUGCUAGUGAUGCUUAGCUGUUACCAUGAAGUUGCUGCAGAAGAAAACUCUCAACAACCCCAAGGAUCUUGUGUAAAUUGGAUGGCUGGAACACCAGGUCACCCAGGUCAUAAUGGAGAAGCUGGGAGAGAUGGACGGGAUGGAAGAGAUGGCCAAAAGGGAGAGAAAGGAGAGCAAGGUACACCUGGUCAAAAAGGAGAUAAAGGAUCCUUAGGAGUUCCUGGCACUAUAGGUCUUCAAGGAGUGCCAGGUAUUUCAGGAUACCCAGGAUCGAAGGGGGAAAGGGGGGAAAGUGCCACUAUCUAUCGAUCUGCCUUUAGUGUUGGCUUAACAUCCAGAGUUUCUUAUAUUAAUACGCCUAUCAAAUUUACAAAGAUCUUCUACAAUGAACAAAAUCAUUAUGAUACAAUUACAGGAAAGUUCCAAUGCACCAUUGCUGGAGUAUACUAUUUUGCAUAUCAUCUCAGUGUAUAUGCCUCAGAUGUGAAAGUUAGUUUAUUCAAGAAGGACACGGCAAUCAUAAUCACCUAUGACCAGUACCAGAAGAAUGAUGUGGAUCAGGCUUCUGGAUCUGUUUUACUCCAUUUGGCAUCGGGGGAUGAAGUUUGGCUACAGUUAUAUGGAGAAGAAGAAAACAGUAGUAUCUAUGCUGAUAAUAUUAAUGAUUCAACUUUCAUGGGAUUUUUACUUUACCCUGAUUUGAAUUAUGAGUGAUAGAGUGGGGAUAGAGUAGGGAAGAUAGAAGAACAACCAAGCAUGACAUGGACUCCAUUUUUCUUGUAGUUGUCUGGCAUGUUAGAAACACAAAAUAAUCUUGAAGAUGGUUCAAAUUUGAAUGUUUAUAACUUGCAUAUUAAGAUGAUUUGUAUGUGUAAAUCAUCAAAUAUUUGUAUUCCUUCACACCACUUCAGUGGUUUUCAGUUCAGACAUUCAGUUGUCUGUUAUGCAAUAAUUAGAUAUAAUGAAAUCAAGUAAUAAGCAUAUACACGAGCAUGUUUAUGUGUGCACAUACACACACAGACACAAGAUUUCAGCCUGUACUUAUUCAAGAUAAUGUUAUAGUAUGUUUAUUUAUAGUUACACCAACAAAGAAUAAACAUUGAUUGGACUUACACAUUGUAUUAAGCCUUAAUGGAAUUUGGUUUUGGACUAGCAUGUAAUAUGGAUACAGCCAUUGUGCUUUGUAAACUAUAUUUUAUAGCUUGUCAUGCUGUGAAAAUUUAGCUAAUUGUGAUUUAUUUAAUAAACUAUGGUAAUACCUUAUUGUGUGAAUCAAGUUAGUGAAAUAAAGCUUUAGCACCACAA